AUGAUGUUUGCAGCUGAUAUUUUUGAAAAACUGAAUGAGCUGAAUGUGACAUUGCAGGGAAAGGGGUUGUUUCCUCAUGAAAUGUGGACACACAUCAAAGCAUUUAAAACAAAACUAGGUCUGUUUGCAAGGCAAGCAAAUGAUGGUAAAUUUUGUCAUUUCCCUUUACUAGGGAAACAGAAAGUACCUGGAAGUGAUUCAGCUAAAAUUAGGGAUUAUUUGCAGAGUUUAGAGGCUGAGUUUACUACAAGAUUUCAGGAUUUUAAGAAAAUUGAGCCUCAAUUUCAUGUCUUAUUGUAUCCCAUCACUGCUGAUAUUGAUACUGCACCACAGGAGCUGCAACUUGAACUGAUUGACAUGCAGGCAGUUCACACACUGAAAGAAAUAUUUAGUGCUGUAACUUUCGUUGACUUUUAUAAAUCUUUGUCAGCUGAAAAAUUUCCAUGUAUCAAGAAAUUUGCAGGCAAAAUGUUCUCCAUAUUUGGAUCAACGUAUAUUUGUGAACAAAGUUUUUCUUGCUUAAAUAUCAACAAAAGCAAAUACCGAAACUGUUUAACAGACAGUAAUUUGCAGGCUGUCAUGAGAAUAUCAACUAGCAGUCUGACUCCUGAUUUUAAAAAAAAUGUGCAAAAUUGUGAUAGAAUGCAAUUGUCCCAUUAA